AUGAUUCUCAGCGGACUUGAAGUCGUCACCCGCCAACUGGUGCGGAAUCUCCGUGGUGCCAUCCAACAACAACCCUGGGGCAUUGAUCUCACCCUUCGUCAGAUCUCCAAAUGGACCUCCGCAGCGACUAUUGACUUCGAUAAUACGAAGCGUCAGGCAGCCAGAACCUCUAUCUUGCCAUUUGAUAACACAAGUCACGCCAUUACACUGCCACCAGGCGCUUAUUUGGCCGACUUCAACGAAACAGUUCACGUUCCACGGGACUACAUGGGCAGCAUCUUCGCGCGGUCAUCCCUCUGGCGCUCCGGGGUGGGUAUUACGGCGGGUGUUGUCGACGCCGGGUAUGAAGGUGCUCUCGGUGCCCUGAUGGAGGUCAAGAAUUCCCACGGCGUCGUACUGUAUCGAGACGCCAAGCUCGCGCAGAUUGUCUUUGAGGAGUUGAGCGAAGAGGUGGAAGGAUAUAAUGGUAUCUACCAGGCUUCCACGAGCAGUGUUGGGCGUGAUGGAACGGGUCUGAGUUCUAUCAUCGCUCCUGGUAUACGUUCGGAAUAUGUCAAAGUACUGAACCCAUUGUGGAUAUUCGUCGUCAUCAACGGUGCCGUCAGUGCCGUGCAGAAAUUGGACGUGGGUCUGAAAGAAGCACACUUUAAGCUUACCAGUGAUAAGAUCAUAAGGUCGUUGGAGAUUCCACCAUCUACUUUUAGUCCACACUCCAUUGUUUCUUCCCGUGCAUCCACGGUGUUCUACCGGCGGAGACUAGCCCUCGUUAGGCAACAAUCGGCACAUCUCCCGUUUAUCAACAACAGAGAUAGCAACACCCUCUAA